GAGGCUUAGCGUUAGCGCUAAACCUCAAAAUAGUAAAGCGGUAAAUCGGCUCCUCCCACCGCCCCAACUCUGCCGCAACCGAUGAUCUCUUUCCUCUGCCAAUUUGGAAGCUAAAGCUGAAGAAAGAAGCAACCAUGGCCGCCCGUCCCCUUGUAUCCGUCUUUUCCCUUACGGGAGAGAAGUCUGGAGAGACUAAUCUCCCCAAUGUGAUGACCGCUCCGCUCCGUUCGGACAUUGUCCAGUUUGUUCAUUACAACAUGAACAAGAACAAGCGUCAAGCGUAUGCCGUUUCCAUCUAUGCCGGAAAGCAGGUGUCUGCCUCUUCUUGGGGUACUGGUCGUGCCGUUGCUCGUAUCCCCCGUGUUGGUGGAGGAGGUACCUCCCGCUCUGGACAGGGUGCUUUCGGUAACAUGUGUCGUGGAGGACGCAUGUUCGCUCCCACCAAGACCUGGCGCAAGUGGCACCGUCGCAUCAACACCACCCAGAAGCGAUACGCCGUUGCAUCUGCCUUGGCUGCCUCUGCUGUUCCCGCCUUGGUCAUGGCCCGUGGUCACAAGAUUGAUGAGGUACCUGAAGUUCCUCUUGUCAUGGACAGCGGCAUCGAAAAGACAUCCAAGACAUCUGCUGCCAAGGACAUUCUUGCCGCUGUGGGUGCCAUGGACGAUGUCGAGCAUGCUGGCGAAUCCAAGCAGAUCCGUGCUGGUAAGGGUAAGAUGCGUAAUCGUCGCUAUGUCCAACGCCGUGGACCUUUGGUCAUUUACAAGGAGAACGAUGGAAUUGAAAAGGCAUUCCGCAAUCUUCCCGGUUUGGAACUCUGCUCUGUCGACCGUUUGAACCUUUUGCAGUUGGCUCCUGGUGGACACAUGGGACGUUUCUGUGUUUGGUCUCAGGCUGCCUUGGAUGCUCUCGAUACUAUCUACGGAGACGAAGGAAAGCGCAUCCCCAACUGCUCCAUGACCAAUGCUGACCUGGCUCGUAUCAUCAACUCCGAUGAAGUGCAGUCCGUUGUCAACGCUCCCAAGGAUGGACAAAAGACCUAUGCUCCCAAAGCCAAUCCUCUUCGCAACAUUGAAGCAUUGGAGAAACUUGAUCCUUAUGCUGCCGAGAAGCGUCGUGCCCAACAGGAAGCCGAGACUCAACGUGAGAAGAACAAGGCUGCUGUCUUGGCCAAGAGGAAGGACCUGCGAAAGUCUCGCAAGGCCCACAAGAAGCAGAAGAAGGACUUUUACGAGAAGAUCUCCAAGCAGGGCGAUGUCUGCGAGAACGGAUUCAACCUCGCCUAAGGUCAUUGACUUAUCGGCUGUAUCUUGGCUUCUGCUGCACCUUGCUUCGCGCCUCAUAUAAAGAUAAUAGCGUUUGGCCUUUGUUUACACU